AUGGAUAUUGAUUCGGCUUGUAAAGAAGAUAAUUUACCUUGGGUUGAAAAGUAUCGUCCAAAAACGCUUGAUGAGCUUUUAUCACAUAAAAAUAUCAUUACAACAAUUGAAGCAUAUAUCAAUAGAGAUCAACUUCCACAUUUAUUAUUUUAUGGUCCACCUGGAACUGGCAAAACAUCAACAAUUUUUGCGGUUGCUAAUAAAAUAUAUGGAGAUAAAUGGAAAUCAAUGGUUAUGGAAUUAAAUGCAUCUGAUGAUAGAGGAAUAGAUGUUGUUCGUGAACAAAUUAAAAAUUUUGCAAGUACGCGUAAUAUAUUUAGUUCGAAUAUAAAGUUGAUUAUACUGGAUGAAGCUGAUGCCAUGACACAACCUGCUCAAAAUGCAUUGAGAAGAAGCAAAGAUCAAAUUAUUUCUUGUUUGAAUGACAUAGUUGAGGCAGAACGCAUAAAUAUUUCCCAAGAUGGGAUAGAAGCAUUAAUUAAAAUUUCAUGUGGUGAUAUGCGAAGAGUAUUAAAUAUUUUACAGGCAUGUCAUGCAACAAAUGAAUUCAUAGAUGAAGAUGCUAUAUGUAAUUGUACAGGAAGACCUAAUACUAAAGAUAUAGAAUUAAUACUCAAGACAGAAAAAGGUCUUGCUUUACAAGAUAUAUUGACAGAUCUUUGUUAUAACUUAAGAAAAUCAUUUAUCACUGAUGAAGAAUUGUUUGAAAAUAUUGGAGAAAUUGAGUAA